AUUCAGGAAAUCAUGCCCCUUCCCAGAGUUGAACGGAUUGUGACAGAUUUUGAACGGGCAGUUUUUGUCGCAGUCCGAAAACUGUUUCCUUCUUGCUACCACUUGGGAUGUAAUUUCCAUUGGUGCCAGGCAAUAAUGAAGAAAAUCCGCGAUUUCAACCUGUCGACCGAGUAUAACAAAAAAGGACCCAAUCCUGUUCGCGACUUCAUUUUUCGUCUGCUUUCCCUCGCCUAUCUCCCAGCCGAUAAAAUACCUUCGGUGUUUGACUCCUUACGAACAUCGGUGCCACCAAUACUGGAGAAAUUAAUGGACUAUAUGGAGCGAAACUGGAUUCGAGGCCGUUUUUGGACUCCUGUUCAUUGGUCCUGUUUCAAUCUUCUUCUGAGAACAAAUAACGAUUGUGAAGGGCUUCACAAUGACUGGAACAAGUUGGCGGGUGGCCCAAAUCUCCCGUUUUACAAGAUGACGUUGGUGCUGGAGCAGCUGUGUGAAGACGUAAAGCUAUCACAGAAGCUUCUCUCACACGAGAAAAUCAAGGCCCAUAGGAAGAAGGAGACACAGUUGAAGAACUCCAUCCUUUUUGCUUUGUGGACACGGUACCAGGAUAAUGAGUUAUCAACCGUGGAACUACUGGAGGAAAUAGUGUUAGAACUGAGAACCUCAUUCCCAACUGUAGUCACUGACCAUCCUUUAAACCUGAAUGAUGAAAACAUAGAUAAUUAUGACAUGUCAUUUGUGAGCGAUGAUGAAAUGUAAAUUUAACAUUCAACUGAUUUUUAAAACAUAUUAUCUUAUUUUUAUUGAUGUAUAAAAUGUAUUGGCACUGGUUACCUGAAUAGCAUUCAGGUUCCCAAUCUUUUGCCUUGUCAAUAGUUUCCGUCUUUCUUUAAAACUUCUGUUCAGUUAUCCCA